UCCAGCACUUCAGCGGUGCGCCAUCUGUCAUGCCAGGAGCUUCACGCGUUGUUAAUGUUCCCAUUCCGAAAUCCCAGUCAGCAACUCAAACCGUUAAUGGUUUGAUUAAGAGGUGUGAGCUCCUCGGAGCUGUUGAACUCUAUCCGACGAAGAUUGAAAGUUCAGUUUACCGUUCGGUAGCAACGAAGCAAGGUCUAUGUUCUUCCUUUCAGGUCUUUACAAAUUCUGACUACCCGGCCUCUUGUUUUGUAAUAAGUGAUAAGGAUCAAAUUCUUACCUGUGACUUGGCCUUCCGCGAAUUCCCUGGUCUGCUGAAGGGAGUCUAUGAGCAUGAGCAAAAACUUCAAGUUAGAGGAAUUGGAAAGAAGUACAGAUUGGGAGAUUUUACCACGAACUUCAUAUCGCUCUACCUCGGCCAAAGUCCAACUGUCAGAGGAGUCCUUUUGGAGGUCGCUUUUUUGAUAGCACCUGCUCAUCACUUGGUCAACUCCUUCCUGAAACUCCACUUCCCCGAAAUCCGCGCAGAUAGCAUCAAAGAUCCCAGUGAAGCAUCUUUCCCCCAGGCUCCGCCCUCGCCAAGGAAAGCCCUUCUGGGUCAGAGCAUGCAGUCCUGGUCAAACUUCGCUGACCGGCUCUCAGUCCGGCAGAUGCCCAGCCUUCCCGAUGUGCCAGAACUGACCGCAAGCUCGGUUACGCUGAUUUGUAGUCUCUUGGAGGAGAUAUACACUAACACUGAUGACAAGGCUGUGGUAGUGGCAGCACUGCGGCCACCGGACCUCGCUUGUAAAACAUUGUCGAAUCCACCGUCGCUUGCCAACUGCAGGUAUUAUGCACCUGUUGUUAUUUAUGGGGAGGCUGUCUGCAUGCCAGUUAUAGUAUGCUCCAAAGAGAUUUGGUCUUUCCUGCCGCUAGAUGUACAGCAAUUGCGCACUAUGUGCGUUUCCCUACGCGAAGCAGUCCAGUCCUGCUCCGAGGUUCUGGUGCGCGAGCUGCACAGUCGCGACAGAAUGCAGAUGCGAAUACAGGGCAAAUGUUUUGAAAUAGCGGCUCAUCUCCGCAACUCCGGCUUAUUUAAAGGUACGUUACAGGCAUCCCCCUAUCUUCAAAUUCACAUUGAGCGUGGUCAGCGCGUUGGGGCUGAUUACAAAUAG